AUGGUGAGGGGCGAAUGUCAUUUCAUUCCUUGCGGCUCGCUCUUCACGCACACCUGCAUGGAUGCUGGGCACGGCAGUAGUAGUUGCUUACCCGUAGUUUUUGGGUGCCGCGGGGCGAUAGACGCAGGGAAGGAGAUGGAGUUUCUCUGUCGUGAGGGCCCGCCCCGCCGUUUUUUCUGCGCCAACAAAGAGACGUAUAGAGAGGUGUGGCCGUGCACCUUUUCACGAAGGGUGCCCGCCGCACGUUCUUUUCUUCGCUGGUCCGCCAGGAAUGGUGCUGCGGUGCAUUGUGCGCUUAAGCUACAGCUUCAUCCUGGGCGAGGAUGUCGUUUGGUCGCCACGCGACUAAUUCCUGCCGGCCAGGCCUUGAUUUCAUUGCCACUCACGCUCUCUCUGUCGGCCGCAGCGCAUGAUGAACGCAAGAGCUUUUCGCAUCGUUGGGACCCGCUGGAAACACUCACUGGAGUUGUGGUGCGUGAGCUGCACAAUCCGCGAGGCUUCCACCGCCGAUACCUUGAGUUUUUGCAUGACCUAUACAACACGGAAACCGCCAACAUGGCCACGGACCGUAUUUGGUUGCGUGAGGAAUUGGAAAUGCUGUACAUGGGAAAUUCCAUGCAGGCCCAAGGAAUCUUAAACGGUCCGUUCUUAUCGAAAGAAAGCCUUGUGACCGCCUCCCAACGGGUGGAGUGGGUGCGGUUACGUUCCCUGUUGCGGCGCAUGGAACAAAGUUUGCCGCACUUUGUCUCUAAAUCCGUGCCAUGGGGAAUGUCUAUGGUCCUGUCCCGUGCUCUCUGCGAUGAUUAUGGUGGUCUGACAUUGUACCCCAUCAUUGAUUUCUGCCUUCAUAGCUUUACGCCUAAUUCUCUGCUUUGUGUGAUGCCAGCUAGCAGUGGCCGUGGCAACGGCGUUGGUCUGCGAUGGCACAGCACCGAUGGGCCGUGUGCGCAUCUUCUAACACAGCGCGCCAUCGCGGCUGGGGAGUCCGUAACUCUCCUAUAUAGCCCACGUCGUGUGCUGUCGACCGAAGACGCCGAAUAUUGGAAACUGAGGUGGGGUUACGUGCCAAAUUAG